GGUAAUUCAUUUUCAAAACGUGGAAAGGGUAAAGUAAAGGGUAAACUGAUUAAGUCUUAAAGUCAAAGCAAAAAUGUUUAACUGGCAGAAAUUUGCUUCUUUAGUCGGCCUAAUAAGCUUUAUCUCGCUUCUCUAUCAGACGAUACUGCUUCUUAAUCAUGUAAAUGAUAAUAUUCCGAUUAAUUCCUCUCUAAUUCGCGAUAAAAGAUUGUUAAUAGAGAGCAAAAAUGAUGACAACUCCGUAGCUUGCAAGCUUCCCGAAUUGGAUCGGUUUCACCCUAGCGUGAUACGUUUUACUAAAGAUUUCGGUCAGUUGCACUGUAAUGGUGUCAGUUAUUCAAGCUUCGAGAACAAUGUCCUUCGAAUUGAAGGCACAGGAGUCAUUUCCGUGCAAUACAGAACGAUCCAACGGCGCUCAGGGAACGAUUUUGAAGUGGUUCUUUCUGAUCCAGUCAGUGUUCGCAACGCGAAAAAGGGUAAUCGAACAGGGAACUUUGGCGGAAGUGCUUCCGUGGAAACAGACUUCAUUCGAGUCGAUGUCGUCACGCCAUCGGGAGAUACGAAAACUGACGUACACAUGCACGUGUUUCCUAAAAAGGAAGUUCUCAGAAGACAGUCCAAGCCUGGUACAUUUCCACUAAAUGUUGCACUGAUUAUGUUUGACUCCACUUCGGCGGUCAAUUUUCAAAGAAAAAUGCCUCGCAGUUUGGACUAUCUUGUCAAGAAUAUGAACUCGAUAUUAUUUCGGGGUGAGACAAUCGUAGGAGAUGGAACCACGGCACAGUUAGCAGCGUUGCUGACUGGAAAGGCGGAGAAACAGCAAUCAGAAGCUAGAAAGAGAAUUUAUUCGUCUAAUCCAGUGGACAGUUGGCGUUGGAUCUUUAGAGACUUUAAAAAUAUGGGGUACGCUACGAUGUUUUCAGAAGACUCUCCGCACCUUGCCUCCUUUAAUUUGCGCUUGAAAGGUUUUCGCGAUCCACCUACAGACCAUUACGCCAGACCAUUUUGGUUAGAGGCUUCCAAACUAAUGAGGAGUAGAGGACUUUGCCUUAACAGUAGGCCUGCUCACAACGAAUCUUUCAAUUAUUUGUUGAGCUUUUUCCGAAGAUACCAGAACACACCGAAAUUCGCGUUCUCAUCUCUAGCUGAUAUAUCGCACGAUGACGUGAAUACGAUUGGUUUUGCGGACGACGACCUUAAAGUUACUUUGGAGACUAUGCAAAGAGAAUCAAUCUUGAAUAACACCUUGUUGAUAAUUUUUUCCGAUCAUGGACCACGAUUUUCUGCUUUCAGGAAAAGUGUACAAGGUAAACUUGAGGAGCGAUUCCCAUUUAUGUCAUUUACCUUGCCAGAAUGGUUUCAAGACAAGUAUCCUGAACUCCAAAAUAACCUCCUACAUAAUUCACGCGUUCUUACAUCGCCGUUUGAUGUUUAUGCAACUUUACGUCACAUACUGUCAUAUCCUCAGUACCCAAAGGAGAUUUUAGUAGGGCAAAGCUUGUUUAGCCGGAUUAAUCCAAAGAAUCGCACAUGCGCGAGUGCUGGCGUAGCCGAUCAUUGGUGCCCCUGUCUUGACCUAGAAGAGGUGGGCACUAAUGAGUCUGUGGUGAUGGAGUUAGCAGAUUUUGUGGUGUUUCACAUCAACAACCUAACGUCACAGAGUGACGAGUUAGUGAAGAUGUGUCAGCGAUUGAAACUGAAAGAAGUGAGCAGCGCAUUCCGAGAAAUGCCAAAUGAAGCCAUGCAAAGGUUUCAGCGUAGCACGAGAGAUUCACGCGAUACGUGUGACGGUUGUGAGGCGGUUUUGGGUAAAAAGUCCCAUAAUAGCCUCGUUAAAGACACGUUAUAUCAGCUGCAAAUUGUUACAUUUCCCAAUAGAGGAUUUUAUGAGGCCACUGUUAGGAUGAAGAAGGGUGUUCCCUCACUUGUAGGGGACAUAAGCAGAAUCGACGCAUACAAAGAUCAGCCAUAUUGCUUAAUGGAAGAUUUUCCGCUUUUGCGAAAGUAUUGCUAUUGCUUUCCAAGGAAUUUAAAAAUUUCAAGUCAACGCAAAUUGAAUUAAAAAUCAAAACAUUUUACAGUAUUAUGAAGGGUAAGUCUCUUCCAUAUCUUACUAACUUUCUUGAGCAAAAAUCCUCUUAGAAUGCCUUUCCUUCUUUUACUGCGAAUAUGCCAGGAAACAUCAAUGACUGGAUUUAGGAAAAAUGUGGCCGAUGAUGAAACAAAUUAUUCGAAUCGGUAUCAAUAGCUUUGUAUAAGAUUAUGGAACAUUUCCCUUUUUUGAUUAGGUUGACGGUUUUCCUUGGACCUCAGACUUGUAGAGCUGAUGUCUUUUUUCGAUUUAGAUUGUGGGAUGUGAGGCAUAAGAGAAAAAACGAUAACGCCUUUAUCGUCUGCGUAGCUACUUUUGAGUGAAAAUAGUGCGAACAGAAAUAGCAGAAUAAGCAGAAGUUCUAGACGGUGAUAAAGCAUGAGUCAUGCUGUAAAUCUGCAUCCGUUGAUAUAUACAAAUCAUCGAAGAUCCCAGUCUCUUUUUUCGCGCUUCAGUGUUCAACAAUAAAAUGAUGUGUGAAUUAGCAUUUUAAAGACCAUUUUUGUCUUUUUUUGUUUUAACUCAUAGUCUAUUUCGGCGAGGUGUAAUCACAACUAGUGGUGCUUUUUUAUGGUCUCUCAACAGAUGAAUUUUGUCGGCAGUCUAAGUCAUUUCAAAUGAUAAAAUUAGUUAAAGUUUUGACGAAAGCUUUUUCCUAGGCAACAAUCAGCUCCCUCGAGGAUUGCGUGUGUUUUCAAACGGUGACAUCCUAUUUAUUUACGUUUUUGGGAACUUGGCCAGAGAGCAAUAAGCAAUAAAGCGAUGACUUACUUGUUCUCAUAUUGUUCUUAUGAAUCGAAUAAGAACACAGAAAGAAAUAAGAUAAAUCUAUAUUCCGCAACCAAUGAUGUGCUUUUGUUUUUUUGUCCCCAAACGAAUCUGGUAUCUAGGCUUACUCUGGGGCCUUAAGUCGCCGUAGCUUUGGGUAACCUUAGGCGAUUUAAGGCGACUUAAGGCGACUUAAGGCGACUUAAAGGGAUUUUAUUGGACUGGAGUGAUAAAA